CUCUCCGAUGAACUCCUAUACCACGUCGGAUACGAAGGAAAACGGAGACUCUACAUCCCACGACCCUUAGUCAAAAGCAUCCUCGAAAUCAUCCACGAUAAUAAGCACCACUUCGAAAUCAACCGCAUGACUCAAGAGUUAGACCCGGUUUACUUCUACCGAAUGUCGAAAAUAAUACGCAACUACGUG